AGGCUCACUUGUUCCUGUCUUUAAUGUGCAAUCUGUUUUCUCCAGCGGAGGGCACUCAGUGUAUCACAAACUCAAGCAUUAGCACCAACAAGCUCUGAGCAACAUCAGUCUCUGGAAAGCCUUCUGAAUUAGACAAGGCCUGCCUCUCAGCACAGCUACAAAACACUUUAAACCUGACCAGCUAAAUGGAUAAACCUAGCCUGCAUAGCUUUUAAACUGGGGUAUCAUACAGCACAGGAGGCCUACUUGCUUGAAGAACUGAAAAUCCAGAGGAUGAUUUGCUUUAUCUGGGAAUGGCAAAAGCCAGCACAAUAAGGAAUGCCAGGUGGUGGUGGUUUCAACACGUGAGACCAAACAAGAAGAAAGCUGAGAGAGGGGGGAACCGUUUUGGAUGACAAAGGAUGGGUUUCCAUUUAAUUACGCAGCUGAGAGGCAUGCGUGUAGUGCUAGUGCUACUUCCUACACUGCUGCUUGUUAUGCUCACGGGGGCUCAGAAAGCUUGCCCAAAGAACUGCAGAUGUGAUGGCAAAAUUGUGUACUGUGAGUCUCAUGCUUUCACAGAUAUCCCUGAGAACAUUUCUGGAGGAUCACAAGGCUUAUCAUUAAGGUUCAACAGCAUUCAGAAACUCAAAUCCAAUCAGUUUGCCAGCCUUAACCAGCUUAUAUGGCUUUAUCUUGACCAUAAUUACAUUAGCUCAGUGGAUGAAGAUGCAUUUCAAGGGAUCCGUAGACUGAAAGAAUUAAUUCUAAGCUCCAACAAAAUUACCUAUCUGCACAAUAAAACAUUUCACCCGGUUCCCAAUCUCCGCAGUCUGGACCUCUCCUACAAUAAGCUUCAGACAUUGCAAUCUGAACAAUUUAAAGGCCUUCGGAAACUCAUCAUUUUGCACUUGAGAUCUAACUCGUUAAAGACAGUGCCCAUCAGAGUUUUUCAAGACUGUCGAAAUCUCGACUUUCUGGAUUUGGGUUAUAAUCGUCUUCGAAGCUUGUCCAGAAAUGCUUUUGCUGGCCUGUUGAAGUUAAAAGAGCUCCACUUGGAGCACAAUCAGUUUUCCAAGAUCAACUUUGCUCAUUUUCCACGUCUCUUCAACCUCCGCUCAAUUUACUUACAAUGGAACAGGAUUCGCUCCAUUAGCCAAGGCUUGACAUGGACGUGGAGUUCCUUACACAACUUGGAUUUAUCAGGGAAUGAUAUCCAAGGAAUUGAGCCAGGCACAUUUAAAUGUUUGCCCAAUUUGCAAAAAUUGAAUUUGGAUUCCAACAAGCUUACCAACAUCUCACAGGAAACUGUCAAUGCGUGGAUAUCAUUAAUAUCCAUCACUUUGUCUGGGAAUAUGUGGGAAUGCAGUCGGAGCAUUUGUCCUCUAUUUUAUUGGCUUAAGAAUUUUAAAGGAAAUAAGGAAAGCACCAUGAUAUGUGCAGGACCUAAGCAUAUCCAAGGUGAAAAGGUUAGUGAUGCAGUGGAAACAUAUAAUAUCUGUUCUGAAGUCCAGGUGGUCAACACAGAAAAAUCACAGCUUGUGCCCCAAACUCCCCAGAAGCCUUUAAUUAUCCCUAAACCGACAACCUCAAAAUCUGACCCCAGCCAGUCCACUCUUGAAACACCAAGCCCUUCCCCAGGGUUUCAGAUUCCUGGCACAGAGCAAGAGUAUGAGCAUGUUUCAUUUCACAAAAUUAUUGCAGGGAGCGUGGCUCUCUUUCUUUCAGUGGCCAUGAUCCUCUUGGUAAUCUAUGUGUCUUGGAAACGCUACCCAGCCAGCAUGAAACAACUUCAGCAACAUUCUAUUAUGAAGAGGCGGCGGAAAAAGACCAGAGAGUCUGAAAGACAAAUGAAUUCCCCUUUACAGGAGUAUUAUGUGGACUACAAGCCUACAAACUCUGAGACCAUGGAUAUAUCGGUAAAUGGAUCUGGGCCCUGCACAUAUACCAUCUCUGGCUCCAGGGAAUGUGAGAUCCUACACCACGUGAAGCCCUUGCCAUAUUAUAGCUACGACCAGCCAGUGAUCAGGUACUGCCAGGCUCACCAGCCACUCCAUGUCAACAAGGGCUACGAAGCAAUGUCUCUCGAGCAGGACGAAACUCCCAGCCUGGAGCUCGGGCCCGACCACAGCUUCAUCACCACCAUAGCCAGGUCUGCAGCCCCAGCCAUUUACCUUGAGAGAAUAACAAACUAACGUGAAAGGCAACUAACUCCUCAUUGGGGAACUCGACGCGGGGAAGGAGGGACUUCAUUUUAAAGGAGAAUGGGUGUCCAAAUCACGCAACCCAGCUCCCUCAUCGUUCCUAAGACAUUUAUGACAUAGACGAAAGGAAACAAACAAACGAAAAACUGCUUAAAGAGGGCAGUGGAUGCACCUGCAGCAUAACCAGGAGAACUACAGAAUUCUCUUUGCUUUAAAACAUACAAACAGAAAUGUUCCUGGAUGUAAAUAGUAAAAGUGUCAAGUUCUUAUAAAAAUAGAUUUCACCUUAGCUACCUAUAGGUUUGUUUGUAUAUUUUGCUUUUUCUACACUGCAUGGUUCCUGGGCUGGAGAACCACAGGGGGUGGGGGGUGAGGGGGAGCAUCAAACCAGGUGUGGGUGGGAAGUUGGGGAAACAAUACAGUUUUCCUUGUUAGGUGUGUGUAACAGAUUAUUAAAAUUGCUUUCAUUUCAUUUUUCUCUUAAAAAUGUCAUUUGUUCAUGUUUGGUUUGUUUUAUUUUAAUUUUUUUCCUGGUCAAGCAAUUCUGUUUCCAAUUCUCAACAUGGGUGUUCAAACUUAUGUUGUACCAAAAGAAGAUUUGGUGUACCACAGACCACAAAGAAAUAAGGUUGACCACAAAGUUUGACAAAGCCACUGGAAUCAAAAUCUAGGCAAAUGAUCCUUCAAGGCACAUUGUAUACAAAGUGAGUUUUGAUUUUUUUUUUUUUCCUACUGGCAGUCCUCACUGUGAGCUUUCACUAUGUGAGAAGUGAAUAAAAAGACAUGUGAAGAUCUCCAAAUGAGAAGACAAUCUGAAAUAUUCUCACCUGGACUAGGGGUAUAUGAAGAACAAAGGCCAUGUGGUCAAUGAAUGAAACUGCCAAGCUACAAAUUUCUAAACACAAGAUAAUGUGUAACCUUGGUUUUUAAAUUAUCAAUUAACUUUUGUGUAAUUUUUAUCAAUAAAAGAAAAAAAUGUUGGAAAAGUA